AGGUGGGUUACGUCACGUGACGCGGAAGUAAACUGAAUUGUUUCAGCGUGGUUGUUUUUAAAUGCUACAGGCGGGUUCAUCACGAAAACAAGCAGUUACGUUGUCAUUAUUCAUUCACAACUACUGUAUAUUCGCUUUUACAGAGAGAAAUGCGCUUUACUUUUCUGCACAGCUCUCUGCGUCGCCAACUCGAGGACUAAGUGUGUGGAUGAAGUGACCAUGAAGCAGGACAGUGAUGCUGUGAACGUCCCUGCAUGCUUCAUAUCCAGCCAUGAAGGCUUUCUUGGAAGCAUCAAGAACUUUAUCAGAGACUUUGUGGUGACUGAAAUAGACAUAAAUGGACAGCAAGUCAAUACACCAGCAGCAACACACGCUCCUCAGACACCACACUGUGCAUUUCCAGAAAAGACCAGUGAAACCAGCACAGAAUGGAAGCAGCACUAUGAUUUCCAGGUCAUACAGGAUACUGAUGGCUCAGCUGAUUGUAGGGUGGAUGUCACCAUACCUAGCCCAGGCAGUUUUGACCUGAGCAUGAUUUUAGGCCAGUCAGUCAGUGAGGAGCUUGAGCAGUUUGUGGUGAGUCUCAGAGAUGAGAAGGAAGAAGAUGAAAAGCCGGCCAACAAGGAGCUAUCUCUGGGAUACUUUGCCGACAAACACCAGAGAGCUAAUGUCCACCGUGCUGUCAGACACCGCUUCCCCUUCCUCAUGACCGUCACCAUACAACCUGAGAUCAGGGUGAGAGAAGACCCCGAUUACAGAGAGCUCUCCCAGCUGGUUACAGAGGAGGAAGCGGAGGACUUCUUCAGGUUCAUAGAUGCCAAAGUGCGAGACUCAUCAUACACAUUUCAACCUGAUGAUAAUAAGGAGCACAGGACUGCUGUCCACCACUUCCUGAGCCGACGGUUUGGCAAACUGGUGGAGACAAAAAGCUUCAACGAGCAGGAGAGGACAGCCAUCUCGGUUAGACUGAGGGAGAGAGGCAGGCCAAAGAAGAGGACAGCGGAGGACCGUAAGGAAGAGGAAGUUUACACCGCGUUCACUCUGCGUAAGGAGAACCUGGAGACUCUGGAGGCCAUCAGCUACAUGGCAGCAGCGCUCGGCGUCCUACCAUCAGAUUUCACCUACGCUGGGAUCAAGGAUAAGAGAGCCAUCACCUACCAGUCCAUGGUGGUUAAGAAGGUCUCACCUCAACGGUUGAAAGAGAAGACAGCAGAGUUCGAGAAGAGAGGGAUGUGUGUCUCUCAGGUCCGCUCUGUCAGCGAGCCUCUGAGGCUUGGACGACUGCAGGGGAACCACUUUGACCUGGUGGUCCGCCACCUGAGGCCACACGGGGCCGGUGACACACACCCCUCUGGUGCAGACACACACACUCGCCUGGUAGGGCUGGUAAAGGAAGCAGUGGAGAAUGUCAAGGCCAGAGGUUUCGUCAACUACUAUGGGCCUCAGAGGUUUGGGAGCGGGCAGAGUGUUCAGUCUGACCAAGUAGGGCUGGCUCUACUCAAAGAAGACAUGGUGAAUGCUGUGCGUCUGUUCUUCACUCCAGAAGAUGGCGAUGAUCCUCAGAGCCAGGCGAAGAGACAUUUCCUUCAAACAGAUAAUGCUAAGGAGUCUUUGGCAUUGAUGCCCUUGUCCAAAGCGAGGGAGCGGCUGAUGCUGCGGGCCCUGAACCGCUACGGUACUGGUCCAGAUGGUUGUGCCCAAGCCUGGCUCAGCCUGCCCCAUAGCAUGAGAGUCUUCUACCCACAUGCCUACUGCAGCAGAGUGUGGAACGAGGCGGUGGCACACAGGUUGGCUACUCUGGGCCACAGUGCCAGGCAAGGAGACCUGGUGUGGAUCCAGUCAGGGCAAAACAAACUGGAGGACAGCGAGGAAUCCAGCGCUCAGAUACAUGUGGUGACAGACCAAGAGGAACAAGAGGGAGUCUACUCUCUGGGACAAGUAUUACUACCGAUGCCAGGAAACACAGUGAAGUAUCCAGAAAAUGCCAUGGGGACUUGGUACCAGGAAAGACUGGCCAGAGACGGACUGGAGAACUGUCGCUUCAGAGUCAGCAGCCUCAAAUUGAACCUGCCAGGCUGCUACCGCCCCCUGCUGGCCUUUCUACACAACCUCAGCUACCAGCUACAGAGAGCGGCUGCCGGUGGGGAGGGAGGGGGAGAGAUGACAGGAAACAGCAGUAGAAAAAGUGACAACCACCUGAAUGUCACAGCAGUAGAAGGAAAGCAGGACUCAGACUUGCUCACACUCACCUUAAACUUCGACCUGGACACCUCCUGCUAUGCCACUAUCUGCCUCAGAGAGAUUAUGAAGUGUGAUCCCUAGAGGUCAGAUGUCAUGUUCCCAGUUGUGUUAGUAUACACUUCAAAAAAAAAAGAAAAGAGAAUCUCUUCUCUUUUUCAAAGAGACAGCUUUUUGUAAUCUACCGACACUGUUUUGUACCUCAGUUGACCCCAUGGUGGUUGUGAUUUAGUGUCAGUAGCAUUUGUCGUUAAAGUACUGAGCACAAGACUCAUCCUGCAUGGAGAAAACAUACAGUCUAGUUGAUAUAACUCAUAAUAAAAAGACGGCACUACAAAAUGUGAACAAGUCUUAAUGAGAUAGCACUUGAAGCUGCUUGGAUUUGGUUAAAACUCCUGAGUAAGAAACAUUUCAUUUUAGCUUUGUGUUACAUUGUGGCCAAUAAGUUACAUCGCCAUUGUUUACUUCCAAGUGUGCAAAGUUUGUAUUUGUGUUUUGUGCCAUUAAUUAAACUUUUAGAAUGUAAGGAAUCAA